AUGACGACUACCACUCCACAGAACCGACCAUUGGUCUCGAAAGUCCUUGUUCACGCACCCGACUGUGAUGCUUUCUGUGUCGCUCGCCUUCGUAUCGUCCAUGGCCGAACUGUCGCGGAUGGUCAAACGGCCAACCAAGCAUCUAUCUUGCUUUCGAUCACAACGGCUCUCGCUAACUCGAUCAGCAUCGCUAACUUGAGCAGCAGAUCCCAGGUUCUGACUUUGAAUAUCCCUCCCGAACGAGUCGAAAAAUGCGGUUUUGCUCGCAGAAGCAACACCUCACUCUGUCCAGCUCGUCUCCUUUCCUCACUCCCGGCCCCUGUUACAAAUGUUUCGGCCGUCUCAACACUGAGUCUUAGCCUUGGCACGGUCGGCAUCGUUCUUAGUCCAGCUGGCAUGGACUCUCUCAAACCAGCCGUACCUGGAGACUUGGAGUUCCACUCAUUUGCCAAAAUCUGUCAAUCCAAAUUCUUCCGUCUACACUUCACCGGACGACAAUUUGUCAAUAACGAGCUUGACAAGCUACGUGAUUUCUCCCAUGCCCUGCGGCAAAGAAGUCUCCAGGCAGUGCCUUUGAACACCGCUCGCCACGGAGUAUGGGAGACAGAUUGGCGUGUCUUUGCUCUGUCACCCGAUCCACCCCCAUAUUGCCAGGAGUCCGUGUCCGAGCAGGUGGAUCCUCCCGUAUAUAAAGAAGUGCUAGGAAAGCGGUGCAGAGACCCACGGUCAAUAUCACCCAACACUGAAAAACGAAAAAGAUUGCACCCUCUACCCCCUCCACCGAUAGGCUCUCCAACUGAAGUUCCGACUGAUAUUGCGACUGAAGUCGACACGCCGAGUACACGGGCUCCUUCCCGGUCACCGUCCUCGAUCCGCAUGACUCACUUUCAGCGUGCUUCCUCCCGCGGCCAAACAGAGUAUCAGAGACUCGCGCAUCUUGAACACGAGCUCCGUGGUGUUUCUGAUGACCUGAUCCGUAGACUGUUAAUUCGAACCGGCCGCGCACAUCUGCUAGCCGUCCCGGAAGACGUCGACCGCCGUCUGGGACUCGAGCUUGAGCCUGUAGGCAGCUCUCCCGAGACGGACAUGGUGAUGCUUGGGCGCCGGCUCGAACGAUACAUCGAUAAGACAGUUGAGCGUCGGCUCGCCCAUUACGUCGACUAUACCGUGGCCGAGUGUCGCGAUCAGCUCCACGACGUAUGCAACCAGAAACAAGCCCAAUGCGAAGAAGAGAUCGACAAUGGUAACGUCGAGGUACGCAACACAGCGAAUGACUGUAUGAAAGAAAUGGAGGAGCAGGUGCAAGGGUACAUGGUUCAAAUGGAAGAACAAGCACAACGGUGCAUGAAGGAUAUCGAGGACCGGGGAGUCGAGAUCGCGAUCGACAUCGAAUCUGAUAUCUCUGCGAAGAUUAAACUUUCGCCGCGGUCGGAUGCUUCUGCUCAGCUUGAUGGGAAGUCAAGCGCACGUCAUGGGUUGCGUGCCGGUAUCAGGCGCAGUUCGGUUUGA